AUGUACGCUCUAACCUUUGAUUUGGAAGCGCGUCUCGUCAGUUACGAACUGAGCUCCAAAGAAAGGCCCCAGAUCGCAACACCUAUGGCGCAAUUUUAAGCCCUUGGUUCCAGCAUUCGCUUGAAUUCGCAUUCUAUCAUGAGUCACUCUACCCCACCCCUGGGUCUACUCUGCUGGCGGGUGUAUCUCCUAGUUUGGAUGGGUUCGCUGGUUCAGGGCUCGUGUGUGAGUCUCUCUUUGGACUCUGGAACCCGAGAGGAGCGCCUGCAAGUGGGCAAAAAGAAGUACGAGAUGCUCGUCACCGAUGCCAAGAUGCCACGCUACGGACCUUGUUGGAAGAAGGCCUUACAGGCCCUGGAAACCGGAUGUCAAAACCUCACCGACGAUGAGCAGAGCUACAUGGCCUUACAAUUUGCCAAUUGUUUCUUGGCCAAGGCGGGACAAACCACGUAUCCUUGUUCCAGGAACCAGGUCCUGAGCGAAUGUCUGAAAGAUAUGGAUCACAAGGCCUUUACCACAUUCUCCGAUUUCUUCACGCACACGCACAAUAUGUGCUACUUUUUGCAAUCCCAAGUAUGGCACGAGCAUACCGAGCAAACUAUUGCUAGACUCUCAGCGGCCUCGGCCCAAAUGUCGAGUAAUCUGGAGGAUUCAUCCAAUCUCCAAAUGAACAUCAUCCAGAAUCAGAGGGAGAGCUUGGAAUAUCAACGGCAAAUCGUAGCCAAUGGUACGAUAUUAAGCCAAGCCAUUUCCUCGUCUAAAGAGAAUGUGAAGGAGAUGUUGCAAGAAUUUAAGACUUCAACGCUGGAGCAACGAACCAUGAUAUUUGAGAUCUUUGAACGUCUAAGCAACAAGCUCCAGAAUCUGGUGGUCAACGAGGUAUCUUGGCUUUACUCCGUGGUCUUCUACGGCUCUUGUCUGCUAGUGGUCUAUUUAGGUACAGCCACCAGACGCACUUCCGAUGCUCGUCUAUUGCUUUAUUGUGUCCUCUCGCUAAAUUUCCUAAUGGAUCGGCUUGUGUGUAACCUCAGUCUCCAAGAUGGAAGUGAACCAGUUGGCGAUAUUGAAGACCUCCCGGAGACUAUUUACUUCCGGAUUUGGUUAAUGCGGAAACUGGUUGUCUUCCUUUGCGUUUGCCUCACAGGAUACGUGGCUGUUAACUACGUGGACUACAAUGUAGUGAACAACAAAAUAUUGGAAGAUAUCCGGAAACAGAACGCCGACUUAAAGCUUAAUAUGGAAACUAUUCAUGUGGCUAAUCGAUAUUCGAAACCACCUCAACCCAAGGAUGUGCUCGAUGGAAACGGACCAUUGUUGGAAGAUCCAUUUACGGGAAAUUUCACGGAUCCCGGAAAUUGGGCCGAUCGAAGCGAGAACGACGAUGACAGUAACUGUGAGGACGAGGACGAUGAUGAUGAUGAUACCAUGAGCUUCAAUUCGACACAAACCGAUCAGACCUGGUUUGGGAGAUCGGACUUCCAUCCCGAUCUAAGUGAAGUGUCAUCUUGUGAAGAUGAUGAGGCUGGGCUUGAAUUGGGGCUUAGUCUUUUAUCCAAUAUAUCAUCACAUGUGCCAGAUAGGUCUCCUCAAUGCAUACCUAAGGCACCGCCCCGAAGCUCCCAAAGCUCUCGAAGUCGAAGCGUGACUCCAUCACCUUCCUUGAACGAAACCACGCACUCAUACAAUCUACGGAAUCGUAGUACUAUGUCACGGAAGUCUGAUCUGAGGCCGGAAUAUGCAUUUGAAACCGACAUGGCCUUUGGCAAAACCAUCACACAAAUGGCGAACAUCACUAAGCGCAACUCUGCUAAGAUUAAAAUGGCCUUGAAGAAAUCAAAGGCCAACCAAUCAACUCGAGGUCCGGGAUUUUACUCAUCAGAUGACAACUGUCUUGACCCCUAGUUAAUUUACCAUUAAUGCAAUGACAAAUGUGAUUCACCUAAUAAAGCUGUGACGUGAAAUGCUCAGUA